GAGAGAGAUUACAUUGAAAUGUCAACAAAUGAUGCUAUAAAAUGAGAAUCCUGUGUCCGGCGUUUGCAAGCAGCCGCUGGUAACGGGGGUGACAGUAUUAGAUAGUUCAUUCAGAGUCAAAUUAGCAGUAAAGUUUCUAGUCCAAGUCAAUCAACUGUGAUUUCUACACACAUAGUCCUUUUAAAAUAUAUGUCUAUAUAUGUAAUCUUUUUUUUAAAAAAAUAUUAUUUACACCUAUUCAUCACCAAAGACACCAGCAGAACUGCUUCAUAAAGUAGCGACGACGACAAGAAAAACACUCCCACUACAACAACAACACCAACAGCAGAACUGUUGAGGGCGAUCACAACUGAUCCAAGGAUCCGAGCAAACAAGAAAGGUAUGGAGACGUCUUGUCUGUUUUCAUUUUUUCAAACCUAGACAGCUGGAAAUUCAACAGCUGAAACAUUUGAGGCGUUUCCCUGCGUGUGUAGCUAAGCUAUAUUCUUACGGUGAUUACUGGACAAUGUCUGUGAUACAUGUCCCCCGUUUCCAAACCACAAUGGGGCAUGUGUUAUCAAUAGCAUUACAAUUAACUACUUCAAGACAAAAUACUUUUUAAAGUUCAAAACCCCCUUAAGUGUUUCGUUCUAUGUAAUGAUGUAUACAUGAUAUCCAUCAGUUCUUUGUAAUGAUGUAUCAUGAGAGCCAAGUUCGGUAAGAUCCAUCAGUUCUAUGUAAUGAUGCAUAAAUGAGAGCCAAGUUCGGUAAGAUCCAUCAGUUCUAUGUAAUGAUGUAUACAUGAGAGCCAAGUUCGGUAAGAUCCAUCAGUUCUAUGCAAUGAUGUAUACAUGAGAGCCAAGUUCGGUAAGAUCCAUCAGUUCUAUGUAAUGAUGUAUACAUGAGAGCCAAGUUCGGUAAGAUCCAUCAGUUCUAUGCAAUGAUGUAUACAUGAGAGCCAAGUUCGGUAAGAUCCAUCAGUUCUUGUAAAGAUGUAUGCGCAACAGAUCCGCAAACUUUCAAACAAAUGUUCCCUUUUAAAUAUAUGGAUGGGACUAGUUAGCCCUGGAAUGCAACUCAUCUAAGAGAAGGCUAACUCUGAAUUCAAACCAGGAACCAAAAGGAUCAAUACAUUGAUCGUGGGCCCUCAAAUAUGAACAAGAAUAUUUUUUUUUUAUUAAAAAAAAAAUAUAAAUGACUGUGUAAAUAAGAUAUCUGUCCAUGGCAUCUUGCAGGGUGUGGUUUUUCUUGAAAGAUGGUAUGAGCGGUGCAGUACAGAGGAUAGCGGGAUUCUAUUCUCUUAAUGAACGUCGUUUGAAAUUAAGCUUUUAAUUUACUUAGGUCACUGCGUAUACGUGCAGCGGAGAUCAGAGGCGUGUGAGAGGGGGGUGGGGGAGACCCAUGCGGAGGGGGAGAUAGACCAGAAUAAAUAUGUUUACUGACAAAUCGUUUCGUAAAAUGGAAUGUAUAGCACAACAUGUAGUGUGUUGGACUUGCUUUCAUUUAAUGGUUAACAGUGAUCUACUAUGCUGUGACUGAAGAAAAUAGAGGAACUGGUGUAAACAGAAAAUAAAAUUUGUCCUGGAAAGGAGCGAUUGGGGGGAGGAGGGGGGCGCGUCAUUCCUAUGCGCAUCCAUAAAAUCUUCAGGUGCAGACGCCGAUAGCGCCCCGUCGAAUGGAUAGCGCCCCGUCAAAUGUGUCUCAUUUUUUAAAAAGAAUCGUAGAAAUAUUUGCUUAGAGAGUCUGACGACCACCCCCCCCCCUCCCACCACAAGGCAUUCAUUGAAACUCUUGAACGUCCAUAUCCUAUAGACACUGUGACGAGACCCAAAAGUGGUGAAUCCGUUCAUCAAAUGCUGCAAGCUUUCUUGUUUAAACGAACUGAAGAGUUACACAUUUCCCUCCUCUGGGUAUUGACAUGUUUUUACACAAGAGAAAUUCGAAGCCAUCAUCGGGUAAAUGUUUUAGGAACACUGCAUUUGUAAAAAAAAAAAUAUAUAUAUAUUUUUAAUUCUUUAUAUUGACUUCAGUUUUGAUAAAAUAUCUUGACCCACUUCUCUUGAACCAAUCGAGGUGAAACUUAGCUCGUUUCCGCUGACAACGCAUUCUGUCAAAUUUUCAGCCCCCAUCCCCAAACCCCCCCAAAUUACUUUUUCCUGUUUUUUUUUUCCAAGGUUAAGUGAAGGAAAAAUGAUGACAUUGAUUUCACGAAAUAAAAUACCUACUAACUGCUAAAUAAGAUUCUUUUUAAACAAAAAGAUAUCGCAAGUGCGUUUGGUGCGCAAUGUGUUCCUCUCUCUUCUUCUGAAAUAGUUUUUGAAAUAAAUAUGCGGUGAAAGGCGGGUGGGUCAUUUGACUAUUAAUAUAAAAUAAAAUAAUAAGACAUGAAUAUAUAGGAUUUAUACCAAUAGAUUUGUUUUCUAAGGGUCGUUUAAUCAAAUGCAUCGAUCAAUGAAACAGACUUCUAAGUGGCAAUUGAAACGGUUGUUGCUCUGAAGAUUUUCUCUCACUCUUUUUUUUUUUAAACAUUCACCUUUGAUUAUUUUGUUUGGGGCUGAGUUACAUUUCAUCUGACCUUUGCCAUUUAACUCUUGUUUGCAGAUGGCUACAGUGAGUCUCAGAAUGUGCGCGGCGGCUCUCGCGCUGGUGAUGCUGCCGAGUUUCGCGCAUGCGCACGGCCGUAUGCUGGACCCCGCCUCCCGGAUGUCGGCCUACCUCCUCGGCUUCUCCACGCCGGUCAACUACAACGACAUCGAGAUGAACUGCGGUGGGCGCGUAGUAAGUCGAUGUUUGUAACUCACUUUUAAGCCCAACUCCAUAUAUUUUGUUAGUUGUUUUUUUUCUUUCUAUGACAAAAACCGAAUCGAGGAAAGUCCACCUCGAAACCGAAGACAAAUAUAGUCCAAAGAAUGUAUCGACUUGAGCCAAGAAGUACACAUUUUAGAAAGACGUCAUCCAUGAACUCAUUUGCGGGAAGCUUAAUACAGUUUCGGAAAAAAAAAUAUGUUGAGUAUGACGUGUGCUCUAAAGAUGCGCGUGAAUCACGGUCAAAAGGAUAGUGUCACUAUGGGACAUGCGCAGAACUGUCAAAGCGAGGUGAAAGAGCUCAGUUGUCGUGGGCCGCGUGCUUGGCCAAUUCGCGACGUAAUUUGAAAUCCAACUUUGGCGAAAGUGCCACCACCUGGGUGGGGUGGGGGGCAUACGUUACUGCAACUGAACGCCCAUGCGGAUACGUGUCCUCUCUUAAACUAGUGAUAUGGCUCUGGGUGUCCGUUUUUCAAUAGACUGCUGCCAAAGGUUCUUGUGUUGCCAAACUUGAAGCCCCGUCAUGGUACACAAACUGGCGCCUCUGCUAGACAUUUACUAAGAUACUAAUUAUUUUAACGUGCUUUCGCAUGAACUUGCCAACAUCUUUCCACAUAAUUUCGAUAUGUCCUCGUAACCUCCUACCAGAUUCAGUGGCAACAGAACGGUGGCAAGUGUGGGAUCUGCGGUGACGUGUGGUCGGGCCCGCGGUACUACGAGCGGCCCAACGGUACAAUGGUACAGCACAGCGUCAUCACAAAGGUGUACCGUGAGGGUGACGUCAUCUCCAUCAAGCUGCAAAUCACCGCCAAUCACAUGGUGAGCUAUCUCCGCAUCAACGUUUAAUUAUGGUUUUUUCGUCACCUUUAGGGAAAACCGUAAUUGUAAUGCAUUAAAUAAAACAAUGAUACCUGUUGGUUAGUUAUUUGUUUUGUAAACAUAACUGUGAAUAGUACUAAAUUUUGUUUAAAGCUCAAAUCGGGUCUUCCCCUCUUGGAGUAAGGGGACCUUCUGUUAAGUCAUCGUUUGGUAUAUCAACGAUUUACUUAUUCUGGAAUAUAUGUUUGUUAGAUUUUGAAGCAAAGUAAGGGAUAGCACGGUGGUCAUCCAGCCCAAACAAUGGCUUUUAUCUGCGUCCCUCACAAGAUCACGCUUUGCGUGUGUUGUUGAAUGGGCGUUUUAAUCUCUUGUUGGUGAUGUAAAUGACGUAGAGAUUGGGCGCAAAAACGUAAAGUAAAAGUUGCGUACGCCUAUAGAACGAAGGUGUAUCAUAACAUUUUAGAAGUAGAAGGUUUUUGUUGAUAAAAAAAUAAAUAAUAGAAACUGUGUAUAUAUUAAUUAUUAUUAUUAUAAUUAUUAUUAUUCUUAAACAUUCCAUGUAUAUUUAUUACCCCGACAGGGCUGGAAUGAGUAUCGUAUUUGCGAUAUCGCAAGAUCUGGCGGUGUCGAGGCCACCCACGAAUGCCUGGAUCAGAACCUGCUGGCUGAUGAAUCUGGGCGAACUCGGUUUUAUUUCGAAAACACCAAUACCGGAUUCUACACGCACACCCUGGUGCUGCCGCCUGGCUUUACGUGCGCCCAUUGUCUGCUGCAGUGGAAGUGGCAUUGUGGUUAGUGUUGCUAAGUAUUAGUUACGGUCUUACUGGGAAAUUAUGAUAUCUCUUGGCUGUUGUUUUUUUGUUGUUUGUUGAACGGGGCAUCCAUGGAGCCCAGGGCCGUGUCAAGGAAAAGAUGUGCCCGGGGUGCAUCUAUGGAAUCCAGGGCCGUGUCAAGGAAAAGAUGUGCCCGGGGUGCAUCUAUGGAAUCCAGGGCCGUGUCAAGGAAAAGAUGUGCCCGGGAUGCAUCUAUGGAAUCCAGGGCCGUGUCAAGGAAAAGAUGUGCCCGGGAUGCAUCUAUGGAAUCCAGGGCCGUGUCAAGGAAAAGAUGUGCCCGGGAUGCAUCUAUGGAAUCCAGGGUCCAAGUCUCAAUUUUCGUCUGAAUAUUUAAUAAAUACACAUAUUCCUUUUGCACGAAGAAGCACAUUUUAGCGCUUCCCUCCCUUGGGUGCUCAGGAUGUACGCUCACUUAGUUCCACAUUUAGCAAGGCGCUGCACUGUUCACGAAAUGGCCACUUAAAAGUGCAGCAACAUGUAAUGCGUGAUUAGUGUCUCAUUACAAAUGGACAAAGGGAAUGUGAGGCUUUACAGUGGGGCCAAGUAUCUCAGUGAAGCCAGUGGUCAGUGAGUCCAAUGGUCACAAUGAGGUAAGUGAUCGCAAUGAGGCCAUUGUCCCAUUCAAGCUUUAGGUCACGGUGAGUCUUAUAGUCACAAUGAGUCCAAUAGUCACAGUGAGGCCAAUGGUCACAUUGAGGCCAAUGGUCACAGUGAGGCCAAUUGUCACAAUUAGUCCAAGUGUCACAGUGAGGCCAAUUGUCACAAUGAGUCCAAGUGUCACAGUGAGGCCAAUUGUCACAAUGAGUCAAAUGGUCAUAGUGAGGCCAAUGCUCACAAUGAGGCCAAUGGUCAGAAUGAGGCCACUUGUGACAUCGAGGUAAUGGUCACAGUGAGGCCAAUGGUCACAACGAGGACGAUAGCCACAGUGAGGCCAAGGGGUUUCGUUGAUUAGAGAUGUUUAAGAUCAGCCGACAAUGCCAAUGACUGAUGCCUUUCUAUGUAGAGUAACCAGUGAAAUCUACGUCCUAAACGCUUGUUUUUAAUACAUGUUGUAACAUCCGUGUGACAUACCUUCAGUAAACUCAAACAUUUUGAACAUUAAAAAAAAAUAUUCUUGUAGUAUUUUUUUACACUUCAGUAGGUCUUUACGGGAGGUCAAUAUUAUCUUUUUAUCCCAUGUUGCUAGCACCAAGUUAUUAGAAUUUGAAAUAAAUUGGUCGCUAAACUAACGUGAACGGUGUUUCAGCCAAAUAAAAACAGUAUUUUUUACUACAAAUAUUUUCUUUCUUAUCAUUUGAAAAAUGUUAGAGUUAAGGCUAAACUGUACUUGUUUUUUUCUCCAGGCAAUGACUGGGGGUGUGAUAGCAGCGGGUGUGCCCUGGGUAAAGGGGAAGUCCAGGAGGAGUUCUACGCCUGUUCCGAUGUGACCGUCACCUCAAGAAAUGGUACUGUGGUUGAAGCUUCAACACCAUCCACAAUAGCAACCACCAGACCGACAACGCAGGCACCAACAACGCAAGAACCAACAACGACUACCACAACAACAACCACCAUAAUACCAUCUUCCUCGUUCAUCCCGCUUCCCGUGACCAAUCCCGGACCAGCUGACACAACCGCAACGACGUCUACAACAACCACCACUUCAACCACCACCUCCACCCCAAGACCUACUACGUCAUCCGCUACUCCCACCAGCCAGCCCACCGUCCCAACAACCAAAAGGCCAGAUACUAGGUUGGUCUUCCCCACAGCCAGUCCCGUCAACACGAACUUCAUCAGCGGAGAGGACUUCCUCAAGAUGAUCCUGGGCCAGAAGAGCAACUACACCAGCAUCGUCGGGGGCCCCACCCUACCCCCACCCACCAGCUCCAUCAAAUACCCCACGGCGAGCUCGGGCGUCUACGACGCCCUGACUCGCGACAGACUCUGCGCCACGUGCACCAUUGGCUGUAGGUACCAGCAAUGCUACACUUACUGUCCAGAUAUAUGCUCCUUCCUAGAGAUUAGACGCACGGGUUAGACAAAAAAAUGCUAAAUCACGGUUCUCAACCUGUGGGUCGUCAACGCAGUGAUUGAACUACACUUAAACAGGGGGUCAGCUAAGACAAACUGAAAACAGACAUUUAUGAAGUAGCAACGAAAAUAAUUUUAUGGUUGGGGGUCACCACAUCAUAAGGAACUAUAUUAAAGGGUUGCGGCAUUAAGAAGGUUGAGAACCACUGCGUUAGAUCCUAAGCUGUACUGAUAUCUACUGCAUUUUGUGGCUUUUCUCACGGCCAAAAAGAAAAUUUCCUUCUUAUUUAUGAAGGUUGUUUGUUUUAUGUCUUGAAGAGAUGCAUCUGCCUUUAUCUUAUGGAUAGCAGAUUUAAUACUCUACUCAAACAAAAUAAAAUAUCAAACGAAAUAAAACAAUAACUCGAGAUUCUCCGUCUCAUACAAGCUGUCCGAAGCAUUUCAAUGUACAUAGGAUGCAUUUAGUUGUUUUUUUUUUUUAAUUUAAAAAAAAUAUUUUUUUGUAAAGGUGUAUAUAAUCUUUUUUUCUUUCGAUUUGCCCAGUGAACUUUUUAAAUAUCAUUUACAUCGAAUCAAAGAUGUGACUCAAUUCGUACAUCAUUGUGUUCAUAGAGUUAAAGCCCCUGUGAUGUGUAUGUGACGUGUAUGUGAUGUAUAUGUGAUGUAUUUGUGAUGCAUAUGUUAGACCUUAACAUGAUGUCACGUGUUGUGGGCAUAAAAAAAAUACAUAUCUGAGAUGAAUGUCCGAAUUCACGAAGAUGUAACAAUUUUACGGUAGUAAAGUUUUUAUAGAUGUGUACGUAUGGGUAACAUGGAAAUGUGUAAACUGUACAAUUUUAAGAGGAGGGUGUGUGAUGGUGAAAAAUAUGUGUGUGAGGGGGGGGGGCGGGCUGACAGGAAUUUCUUGAAGUGAGAAUGGGUUUUAAAGAGUGUUAUCCUCAAAGAGAUUCAAAUGGCAGAGACAGGUAGAGAGAGACAGGUAGAGAGAGACAGGUAGAGAGAGACAGGUAGAGAGAGACAGGUAGAGAGACAGGUAGAGAGAGACAGGUAGAGAGACAGGUAGAGAGACAGGUAGAGAGA